GCCUUUUGCUUCCCAGUGCUGUGCCCAGUGGUAGCAUUUCCCAUUUUUGGGGGGACACAAGUUGUAGCCCCCCCUUCACCUGUGGUUUCAGGGUCUGUGACCCCCCCCCAUUUGCCAAAAAUGGGCUUUUGUCCCCCCAAAAAGCUGUUUUAUGGGGGAAAAAUGAGCAAAACCGGUGUCCAAAUGUGUGUCGGGGGGUCAGGCCUUGCUUGGCCAUUGCUGGCAGGGCCAGACAAAGCUGGGGUACCCCCUCCCCUAAAAUGGGGGAUGCCCUCCACCCUCCCCAGGUGAUUUUUUUUUUGCCCCUCGGGGAGGGGGGGGAAUGUUGGGGGGCUUUGGGCUUUUUGGGGUCCCCCCCAAACCCCUUUAACCACCCCCUCGUGGUAUUUGAGCGCCGUCACCCCCACUAUGGGGCUGUUGGGUCACUUUGCUUCUCUGUGAACCCCCCCAAAAAAGGGAAGGGCGACCACAAAAUGAAGGGGAACCUCCCCAAAUUCAUGGGGGGGUUCGUGUACCCCCCUUUGUGUCCCCCAUUAACCACAAGGCUCAUCCCACGGGGGGGGUCAAAGGUUGCAGAGGACUUUGUGCUUCCAAAAAGGCCAAUUUGGGGGUAAAAUCUAUUGCCCUCAUGGCUUUUAAUUGUGGUUUUUGUGGGUUUUUUUUUGAGGGAGGGGGAUAUUUUGGGGGGGUUUGUGCUGGAAUUAAUUUGCUUUUGUGUCGUUUCAGAGGGGCGGCUGCUGCCUGGCUCGCUGACCCCCCCAAAAAAUACCCCCCAGAAAAUGGGAAAGGGGGGGCUCUGCCGCCUGUAUCCUUUAAUCAACCUUGAAGGGGGAACUUAACUGGUUUUAAUUAUUAGUCAGCUAAUUAAUAGGCAAUGGUAAUUAAUUCAUGGAUUUAAUUGCAGCCUGUAUUGUGGGGGUGACACCCCUAAAUCUUGCGCCAUCAUCCCUGUCCCCCUCACCCUUGCGCCGCCAUCCAAUGCGUUUGUCACCUCGGUGCCUCGUUAAGCACCGACUCAUUAAUUAACCCUGGAGGUAGAACUGUGUGUGGUGAAAUAUGGGGCUGCUGUGCACCCCUCGACCUUCGUGCUGCGUCCGAUGUCACCCCGAAUCCUUGUCCUUGUCCCCCUGGGAAACACGAACAAGGGUCCACUUUGUCACCUCGGCGGGGAGGAGGGGGGUGGUGAGACCCCCCCCCUUAGUGUCCCUUGGGGGUCCCCCUGGACCCCCCUCCUCACAAUAGCUGCAUUUUGGGGGUGUUUCCUCCCAUUUUGGGGUUGAAAAAUGUUUGUUUGGUAUCGUCAGCCUUUGGAAAGGGAUGGGAAUUGGGGAGUGGGGAGGGGACAAGGGGCUGGUGGGGAUGCAGGGGGUUUUGGGGGGGCACAGGGUGUUGUCACCACUGUCCUAACCCCCCUUCUCCUCCUUUUCCCAAUCCUAGAAGGGUAUUUCUGCCAUGGGCUCCGGCGCGAUUGACCCCAAAGAGCUCCUGAAGGGCUUGGAUUGCUUCCUUGGCCACAAUGGCGAGGUCAAGAACAUGGACAGCAUCUCCAAAAUCUUCAACUUGAUGAAGGAUGCGCAGAAGCUUGUGAGUCGCUGCAUCUACCUGAACAUCCUGAUGCAAACACGGUCGCAGGACAUCCUGGCCGAGUUUAUCCGGAUAGGAGGCUACAAGCUGCUCAACACCUGGCUGACGGCUGCCAAAGCCUCCAACAACGUCGCCUUCCUGCAGCAGAUCCUCCUUACCCUGCAGCACUUGCCACUCACCGUGGAUCACCUCAAACAGAACAACACAGCCAAGCUGGUGAAACGGCUCAGCAAAUCGCAUGACAAUGAAGAGCUGCGCCAACUUGCUGCCAUCCUCGUCAGUGACUGGAUGGGUGUCAUCCGUUCCCAUAGCAGCGUCCAGCCCGCUGAACGUGACAGAAAGAGACGAAGAGAGGAAAACAAAAGCAAAAUGGUUGUCCAAGAGAAACCCCAAGAAACCAAAGCUGAGGCUAAAGCCGAGGAGGUGCCAGAGAAGAAGCGGGAGAAACCCAAAUCUCUGCGCACCACGGCGCCCAGCCAUGCCAAGUUCCGCUCCACUGGUCUGGAGAUGGAGACACCUUCGUCAGCACCCACGAAGAAAAUGAGGUCUGCUUCGGGCGCUGAUAAAUACGGCCUGAAACCAAUGCCCGUCAAGAGGCAAAACGUCUCGGUGUUGUCUGGAGAGGCUGCUCCAGCCAAGAAGAAAUAUAAACCGCUCAACACGGCGCCCAAUGCCGCCAAGGAGAUCAAAGUGAAGACCAUUCCCCCUCAGCCCGUGGAGGUGCCAGAGCCGAUGGAGUUUUGUGAGUCAAGGAGGAUAAGUUGGAAGGGGAAACAGCGGCGGCAGGGGUUACACUGGGAGCUGAGCCCCCUGGUUCCUCCCACAGGCUUGGCCGAGAGCAGCAUGGACGUCAGAUCCAUGGAAAACCCAUUGGAGAGCGGGCCAAUGGCCAAGAAAGCCCGGAAGAAGAAAACAGUGAGCUGGGCUGAGGAAGAGAAGCUCUGUCAAUACUUCUACUUUGAAUGGGAUGAGACAGAACGAGUGAACGUCAACAAGAUGAAGGGCUUUGGCGAAGCGGCCAGGUGGGAGAUGUUGAAGGACUGGGAGGCGUUUGAGACAGCGCGGCGCCUCAGCCACGACGCCAUGGAGGAGAAGGUGCCGUGGGUUUAUCCCCGGCUCCUCGAUCUCCCCGCGCCCCUCGUCGUGCCGGGCAGCAGCAGCUGUGAGCGCUUCAUCCAGGCCGAGCGUGAGAAGGGGAUCCUACAGGAGAUCUUCCUGUCCAAGGAAAGCGUUCCUGACAGCCCGCAUGAGCCGGACCUGGAAUCAUGCGAGCCGCUGCCCCCCAAGUUGAUCCCCCUGGAUGAGGACUGCUCAGCUGAGGAGGCGGUGUAUCCCAACACCAUGGAUACCAGCGCCGCCUCCCCCGCGGCCGACGCCAGUGCUGGGGCCAAGCUGCUGCCCAUUUUAGCCAACCUCAUGGGCAGCGUCGGGGCCGGGAAGAGCCCCCAGGGCCCCGUGCCCGCCACCACCAUCAACGUCCAGGAGAUCCUGACCUCCAUCAUGGGUGGGCCGAGCCCCCACAAGGCCGAGGAACUCCUGAAACAGGAGUAUUCAGAAAAAAUCAAGCACCUGCUGGGGAACCUGCAGGCGCAGCCCACAGGACCCGGUGGAGUGCCCCACGGCUUGCUCGGCCCCGGCCCCAUGGCCACUGGCUUCCCUCCCGGCCCAAAGGGCCUACAGCAGUUCCCACCGGGGGGACCCCUGCCCGGACCCCACGGCGGCGGCGGCGGUGGGGGGCCCAGUCUCCCACCAGGCCCGGGGAUGCCGGGUGGUCCCCGUCUUUUGGGGCCACCCCCCCCGCAACGUGGAGGCAACGAGUUUUGGGACGCGCUGGACUGGGGGGGGGUCGUUUCGAGAGCUGCCGAGCCGCCCCGUCUGCCGCCACUUCAUGAUGAAGGGCAGGUGCCG